AGCUGCGCGAGUGCUAGCUCUGCCCGACUUUUUGCUGGCUCUCCUCCUCCCUUCCCCCUUCUCUCGAUCUCUUCACAAUCCUCAACCACCAAUCGACAACACCACGUCCUCCCGUGUCGCCCACAACCGAGAUACCUCAUAUCCUCUUAUCCUCGAUUUGAGAAUCUCCGCCCAAUACCGCCAAGAUGGUUCGCACUUCCGUUCUCCACGACGCCCUCAACUCCAUCAACAAUGCCGAGAAGGCCGGCAAGCGCCAGGUCCUCAUCCGGCCUUCGUCCAAGGUCAUCAUCAAGUUCUUGACUGUCAUGCAGCGUCACGGCUACAUUGGCGAGUUCGAGGAGGUCGAUGACCACCGCUCCGGCAAGAUUGUCGUCCAGCUCAACGGCCGCCUCAACAAGACUGGUGUCAUCUCUCCCCGCUACAACGUCCGCCUUGCCGACCUCGAGAAGUGGGUUGUCAAGUUGCUGCCUGCCCGUCAGUUCGGCUACGUUAUCCUGACCACCUCUGCUGGUAUCAUGGACCACGAGGAGGCCCGCCGGAAGCACGUUGCCGGCAAGAUCAUUGGCUUCUUCUACUAAGCUGUGGGAUUACCCCCAGUUUGGUUGAGUUGACGACUGAAAGACAAAAAGUAAAAAAGGGGUGAUGGGAUUUCGAAACGACUAUUGUCGAGCAUCUUACCGGCGUUGGGGACAAUGGGCAAUGAAUGAAGGACCAACUACUGAUUUUGGCUUGGCCCCUGCUUGAGCCGAAUAUACCACGAUACCACGAGAAUGCCCAAGCAAUGUCUGUUCGAUCUUGAUUCUGAAUAUGAACAUGACCAGACACCUCA